AUGACUGCCAGUAUCCACCAAGCAGCGCGAGUGAGAGGGCGGAGGACAAACAUCCACUGAAUUCGCCAGCCAGGGCCUGCACACGAAUCAGAGGAGAUCUACCAGCCAGCACGACUUCACACUCUGCCCCCUGCCUCUUGUUCUCUCUCCUCCUUUCUCUCUUUUUCUUCCACUCAGAUGGGGAUGGUCAGGCGGUUGGUGUUGGGCCUGGUGGCGGCGCAGGUUGGGUACCUGGUGUGGCAGUUCAUGCAGGAGCCCCCAAUGCCCUACCUCGACCCUAACCCAUGGUGGGGCCCAGGGCAACCCCGCCCUGAAGACACAAGCAUCAGGCCCUUCAAGAUUGACGUUCCCAAGGCGGAUCUUGAUGACCUGAAGAUGCGUCUGUCCAUGCCCCUCCGCCUAACACCGGCUCUCGAAGGCGCCAACUUCACCUACGGGUUCAACGAUGCCACCCUGGACGAGGUGGUCAAGUACUGGCGGACCAAGUAUGACUGGAAGAAGAGGGAGGCUCGGCUCAACUCAUACCCACACUUCAAGACCAAGAUCGAGGGACUAGACAUCCAUUUUCUGCGGGCGGCAGCGAAGCCGGGGCCUGGAGUGACUGUCCUGCCCCUGCUGAUGGUCCACGGCUGGCCAGGCUCGGUGGUCGAGUUCUACAACAUCCUUCCGCUAAUGACCACGGAGCAGGAGGGGAGCGGAGUGGCGUUCGAGGUGAUCUGCCCAUCCAUACCAGGCUACGGCUUCUCGCAGGAGUCUUCUAAACAAGGUCUGGGCAUCCUGGAGACGUCGCAAAUCUUCCUGAAGCUGAUGAAACGGCUGGGCUACGAGCAGUUCUACACGCAGGGAGGUGACUGGGGCUCCGCGAUCGUCUCCUCCAUGGCGACACUCUACCCGGACAACGUGUUGGGCGUGCACCUCAACAUGGUGGUUGCUCCCAUGAUGGCCAGCACCUUCAAGGCCUUCUUGGGCUCGGUGCUCCCGGCGGGGCUGCUGGUGGCCAAGGAGGACCAACACAAAGUCUACCCGAUGACGGACAAAUUCAAAGUGAUCCUGCGGGAGACCGGCUACAUGCACCUCCAAUCCACGAAACCUGACACGAUAGGCGCCGCCCUGAACCAGCACCCCGUCAGCAUGGCCGCCUACGUCCUGGAAAAGUUCAGCACCUGGACACACGGAAACAACCCUCACCUGCCCGACGGCGGCCUCCUGCAGGCUGACUUCCCGAUAGCCCUCGACGAGAUGCUGGACAACGUGUGCGUCUAUUGGUUCACGGGCUCCAUGACGUCCAGCAUGCGGUUCUACACAGAAAACUUCAGCAGACUUUUCACUCGAACAACUGACAAUAUCCCGUGCCGUGUGCCCGCCGGCCUCGCCGUUUUCCCACAGGAGCUCGUCAGUGACCCCAAGAACUUCAUGGCCCACAAGUUCUAUGACAUCGUGACCUACAGAGACCACCCCGUCGGCGGACACUUUGCCGCCAUGGAGCGUCCCCACCUGCUGGCCGCCGACUUCCACACCUUCGUGAGGGAGGUGCGACGGCGGCAAUGAUCCUUCCCUCCCCCACCCCCAAACCUGCACGGGCCAAAUUUACCUGUGUAAAUAAUUGUUACCAAAUAUGUUACGAAUAAUAAUAAAGUAUUACACACUGUA